AGUACGUAACAAUAGGGUGAUCGUCGACGUAUCUGGAAUGCUUUUCUUCACAUAUCAUCUUAUCAAGAAAGUUUCGUGGUCUUGGUGGCUUUCUAGUACGUCUAUCUUCAUAGUUAGUGUGGAGCAGGAGCAUUUCACCAGUGGUCUAACCUGGAAUUAUGGGGUGUUGUAGUGCCAAAAAUGAGGGUGUGAGUCCUGAAGCCUUCUCGACACAGGUCGAGCCAUUUACAGCGGACUCUUCGGAAGAGUCUUUCACCGAAAUCCAUGACCCCCAUCGUAAUAAAACUACAGGACUGCAGAAGGGAAAUUUAUGGGCCGCUUUUAAAUCCUAAUCCAUCCUCCUCAGCAUGAUUUUGGUGCCCUUUUGCCGUGUAUUAAUGAUCCUAUGAUUAUGAAAAUGAAUUAUUACAUACAAGGUUAAUAAAGGGGUCCAGAUGAGAGGGCCACUGAGUUGAAAGAUCAUGAAUACUGACUUUGGAAAGUCCUCGGUUGUAUACUUUAUUAUUAUAAAAGCCGACUCUAAGAAAUGGCGCUUCGUCAUCGAGUACGAACGCGACAGCAGAUGGGGCGAGAGGGAGUAGCUCAACAGGCGCAGACUCAGAGGCUGUAGACGCUGACACCUUGCUUCAGGUGAAGCGGUAUGUUAUGGCAAGCUCAGAAAGAAAAACAACCGGUCAUUUUUCCCUCAUACACUCUAGCCUAGUAGUCCCACCAUCCAAUACAGAAGAUGCUCUUCUUUAGCGCUAACAGAGCUGACUAGCAUGAGCAUGGAGUAAUCACACGAGUGGUCGUUGACUCUUUUUGGCAAGCUGCAUAUUCCGCAGUCUUGAUAUUCGCUUUGAUAUAGAACGAGACCAAGUGCGGGCUAGAGUUGUAGACCCUCCGAUGCCGUUGAGAUGACUAGUCCUUCCACAUUCUUCCAGAUUAACUGGGAGUGUUCAACGAACGCUCAUGUUUCUAAUCACAGUGCCGACACAAACAAUGAGGGAGAUGUGAUAGAUGUCCUGUACAGCACUGAAGAGGAGGUGGUGGACGCCGGCACCUUGCCAAAGCUGAAGCAAGCGAAUAAAGCAGGAAAAUUAUGACAAGAGAUGUCUGUCUCUGUGGAAUUUUUGUCUUACACGUGUCGUCAUGCCAUUUCAAUUUCCUAGGGUAUUGUUUAGUCUCCUAGAUAGUAUGUGUAAGACUAUGUGAGACAAAUUCUACACACUUUUGCAUUCUCUGUUGUGCCGUUGAGCGUACUUUUGUACAGACCGACGGUGUAGGGGAACAUUCUUUUAGUCUCGUACUAUUUUUACCAGUAGACUUACUAGUACUCCAGUACUACGUUUUUUUACGAUCUUAUAGCAAGAGUUUUGCAUCAAUCACUUGAUUGGGUGACUACAUCAGAACUACUACGUGAUUUGAUGAUAGCAGUUCUCAAGAAUCUAAGAAAAAGCAGCAUCGUAACCGGAGGAGGAGGCAUGUCGAUGGGAGGAGGGAAAACAGGUGAAGGAGGCGAUCUUGCUUUUGCACCUAUCUCAAGCAAUAAUUUUUUACAAUGACACCACUCGGUGGUUGUCAUCACUACUCUAGGGGUUGCGUCACGAAUGUCGCAUGAGACAGAUGAUGGUCACAGUAAUGAUGAUGACAGUCAUGCCUUGAUGAUCAUGCAGUAUGAUACGAACACGAAGGCCCCAUCCUGGUGCGUGGGAGUAUGAAUCGUGAUGCUAGCUUUCUGUACUCUCUUGCCACAUUCACAUGUUCAUCACUGCUUACAAACAAGGUGACGUGUCAUGAAAAGGACUAAAAUGAAGGACAGUAUAGCUGCCUGAGGAACAAGAUACCGGUAGCAACCACAUGAUGG